CGGCUAAUUGGUUAAUUUUCCAUAAUGUCCACAAAUGGAUAACUUGAGAUUCCCUACGGUGUACGUAGCACUUUUCUGCACGAUGGCUGUAGUUGACGCCGGAUUUGCCAGUAGCUAUGGAGGAGAUGAACAUGGGGCAGUUGGUGGUGGAUACGAUGGAGGAUACGGUGGAGGAUACGGAAGUAGCGGAUAUGGUGGUUACGGCGGAGGUUCAGCACACGCCGAACCGUUAUCCCACACCGUCGAAAUUGAAAAGCCAGUUCCCAUACCUGUCUACAAGCACGUGGGAAUACCUAUUCCACACUCGAUCCCUGUACCAAUCCCCAAACCUGUUGCUGUUCCAGUUCCGCAACCAUACCCCGUCCACAUUCACGUUCCUCAACCCGUCGCUGUUCCAGUCAUCAAAACAAUCACGAUUCCCGUUGAAAAACCAGUACCGUACCCAGUCGAAAAGCCCGUUCCUUACCCUAUCGAAAAACCUGUACCAAUUCCCGUUGAGAAGCAUAUACAAAUCCCCAUUCCAAAGCCAGUGCCAGUUCAAGUUCCCGUCUACAAGGUUGUCUAUCACCAUAGUAAACACUGAGAAGUUCUAGAAGGCCGUUGUUACGUACCAUCUUCAUAAGUCAUUUGUUAAUAUCAUUUUCAUUUUCUUGUUAUUAUUGCUCUUGUUGAUAUUUGUUACUUGUUGACUGAAUAAAAUAUGUUAUGUCUAA